AUGUCCUCCCCGGUGCCCUCGUCCUCUACGUCCACCAACGCUUCCAAUCGCAGCAAACCGUCAAAGGCUCUUAAAUUUGCCAAACAGGCCCAAAAACUAUCUCUGGGUGGACGUAACGAAGACGAGCGCGACGAAAAUACUGCACUUGCAGGGCGAUUUAUAACCCCACACGAUGCAGUUAUUGAGACCGUAGAAGGAGACCGUUUACCUGCAGUGCCGGUGGAGGAAGCACAGAAAUUAAAUCGUCUACGAAAUGAAGCUAUUGCCUAUGAUCAACAUACCUUCCCUUUAUUGGGGCAGUCGAGUCCGUGUGAGAUUGAAACGAAGGAUGAAGUUUUACCUGCUGAGAUAAUACGCUCGGAGAACAAUCAUUCGCCUGAAGGGCAUGGCGGUCCGCUUGAUAUAGCUAAACCUCCAGCACAUACGCAUCCGCUUUUUCCCCCGCUGCCACUUUAUGGCCCGCCGUCUCUCUUGCGAACCUUGCAAUGCCAGACCUUUCGCGCUGUCUCGUUUUGCCUCUCACUUUCGUUUCUCAGUGUGAUAGUCAUGGGAUCUUGUGUGAGUGGAAUAAGUAUUGGGGUUAGAAGCCUUCUUUUGCGAUUUAGGGGGCAAGAUUCAAAGUUUGAAAGGCCAUUCUAUAAGGAAGAGAUGGAAAGAGAGCUGACGAGACAGGAAGCUGCGAAGAGGUGGGAACACAGGCAACGAGAGAUGAGAACGGAGAAGAUGGAUACGAUAUUCGGACAAGAAAAUAAUCAACCAGUCGAGGACCCGGAAUCAGAUAGAGAGUUCCCACCUCUAGAAGGCGGAGAUGACCCGGUAAUCUUUGACAUUGGUUACUACGCUAGGCGUGUUGGAUUAGAUGUCGAGACAUUCAAAGUCCAGACGGAGGAUGGCUUUAUUCUAACAUUAUGGCACAUUUAUAAUCCUCAUGAAUAUACACCGUUCCCGGAGAGCGAGAGGGCCUUCCGGAAACCAGAAGUGUUCUAUGAUAAGAAAGCCGGUGAACUGCCGUCAUCAAACCACCGAUAUCCUGUCCUGUUGAUCCACGGCUUGCUUCAAAGUGCAGGCGCUUACUGUGCCAACGAUGACGACAGCUUAGCUUUCUUUUUGUGCAAGGCUGGAUAUGACGUUUGGUUGGGCAACAAUAGAUGUGGCUUUGAGCCGCAACACACGACACUCCACUAUAACGAUCCGCGUAUGUGGUGUUGGAAUAUUCGCCACAUGGGUGUGCUGGAUCUUCCAGCUUUUGUUUCUCGAGUUCUGUACGAGACUGGAUUUGAAACUCUAGGCCUUAUUUGCCAUAGUCAAGGUACCACCGAGGCUAUGGUGGCCCUAGCGGAAGACCAACGACCUGAGUUGGGCGAGCGCAUAUCUGUAUUUUGUGCCCUUGCACCGGCGGCAUAUGCCGGGCCUCUGAUCAAGAAAGCCUACUUCCGCUUCAUGCGAAUAAUAUCUCCGAGUGCGUUUCGGCUUUUCUUCGGCAUCCACGCUUUCAUUCCUUUUAUGAUGACGAUGCACCGUCUGUUACCGUCACGAUUGUACGGUGUGCUUGGCUAUCGUGUGUUUUCUUAUCUUUUUGACUGGAGCGACAAACGGUGGGAUCGGGGACUACGUGACCGCAUGUUUCAAUUCUCACCGGUUUAUGUUAGCGCAGAGAGCAUGCGAUGGUGGCUUGGGCGUGACGGUUUCGCGGUCCAGAAGUGCAUUUUGGCCACUGAAGAGCAAGGACUGCGAGAGGAAGAAGAGGACCGAGCCUAUGAGCACAGGAGUGCAGCUGCCAAAACUCACGCCGAGUCGUCGUCACCUGAUCCGGAUGAUUAUUCGUCUUCAGCAGAAGUUGCUGUUGAUCAUCAUCAUCAUCGCAAAGCGAACGCGUGGUAUGGGCCCAAAACACCACCGUUCGCAUUAUGGAUUGCAGGCUCGGACGAUUUGGUGGAUGGACGCAGACUUCUACGCAGAUUACGCAAUGGCAGAGAACCGUAUGUAAAUCUUGUGCACCACAAGAUCAUUGAUGAUUACGAGCACUUGGAUGUUCUUUGGGCAAUGGAUGCCAUUGAGCAAGUGGGCAAGGAGGUCGCAGAUGUGGUGUGGCGGACGGCGCCAGAAGACGCGAAAAGCCGUUGUCGAGUGCCGCGGUUCUGA